GUGUGGGUGAGUUUCCAGGGCAAGUUAGACUGGAAUGUGUAUGCUCGUGGAUUUGAUUGGGUAACAAUUUUAGCAAUCCAUUGUAGACUAAAUGCACCCCAAUUUACUAUAAAAAAAUUUAAGCAGUAACUAUAGAGUAUUUUUAGUUUGCAGACCUCUCAUUAACAAUGACUCGCCCAGAUCGACGAACAGAAAAUACGCAAUUAAGAGCUUUUUCAGCAACUCAAAAUGUUCUUCAUAGAGCUGAUGGAUCUGCGAGAUUUGACCUUGGAGCAACAUCCGUCAUUUGCUCCGUGUCUGGUCCAAUGGAGGUACAGUUACGCGAUGAAAAACUAGACGAAGCGACGGUUGAGGUUGUUGUUCGACCCUCUAGCGGAAUUGCAUCUACAAAAGAAAAACUGAUUGAGAAUACACUACGCACUACCUUUGAACCCAUCAUCUUGGGUGGUAUGAUGCCUCGCACCCUUGUUCAGAUCGUUGUUCAAAUCAUAAAAGAUGACGGAUCAGUCAUAGCUGCAGCUGUUAAUGCCAUAGCCCUUGCUUUGUUGGAUGCAGGGAUCCCACUAAAGUACAUGGCAGCGUCAGUUACUUGUAUGAUUGAUAAGACAAACAAUAUCAUACUGGAUCCAACAGCUGCUGAAUUGGAAAAUGCUAAAUCUGUUCACACGUUUGCCUUUGACAAUACCCCCAGAACGACUACUGUGCUAUUAUCGGAUUCUAGCGGAGUGUUUAGUGAAGAAGAGUACAUUGAAUGUUAUGAUUUAUGUCAUCAAGCAGUAGGACAGGUGCAUUCAUUUAUACGAGCUGCAGUUGAAGCAAAAAAGCAAAAAGAGCAUCAACAGCAGUAACCAAUGUAAAUAAUAAAUUUUAUUGCUGAUCGGCAGAAGCCAACUGUUCAUCUACAGUACUAUGCAAAAAUUUAGUAAA